AUGCCCAAAUUAACCAAAGGCGCUAAACAAGAUUUGAUUUUGACUCAUCUCCGCUCCACUGGAACGUGUCACACGCUCAAGGAUCUAGAGAAGACGCUACCCUCAGUUGCAUCUAUCAAUGGCAUCCAGGUCAAGGAAUACAUCCAAGCUUUGACCGAUGAGGGUCAACUACGAGUCGAAAAGAUCGGCAGUGGGAACUGGUACUGGAGUUUCAACAGUGAUGAAACGCACGAGCGAGAGCGUCAGCUGGCCCGAGUGACUAUGGAAGUGGAGAAAGUCCGGAAGCCCUGUGCUGAUGCAGAAGCGGCAUUGGCCGCUGAGACCACUUUCCGAGAGGAGGAGACCGACGAGCAUGAAAGGGAAUCCCUCAUGACUAAAAAGACCGAGCUCCAAGUGGCAGUCGAUCGGGUACGGACUACAGAGGCCCAACUCUCCGGACCCCUCAAUUCACUUGCCAACAAGGGUGUGAAGCAGGUCCGAGAGGAGUUAGCGGGGUUCCAACGGCAGGCAUUACAGUGGACAGAUAAUAUUUACAUUUUAGAGGAAUAUUUGCGCAAAUUAGCUGGUGGAGACCGACAAAUCAUUGAUGGCGUCUUACGUGAAUGUUAUGGAGACGAGUACGUGGACGGAGAGGGUCUCUGUGAACUGGGAUAG